AUGACAUAUUUUGUCGGCUAUCGCGAUCCAUUGACAUACUUUCUUAAACACGUGUGGCAUUCUCAUUCCUAUGCUGAUCAAGCUUUAGACCUAUCACCGGUCUCACAUCGUCGCUCAGCAUUCCAGCCGAGAGAUCACCUUGAAAGUCUGAUCACCAAGCACGGCUACCCCACACCCGUCUCCCUCUCUUCCCUGAGAGAUCUGACUGCCACUUCGUCUACUUAUACUCCCCCUUCGCCGCGUCGGUCUCAUUACUCGGAUACCAUUCCGGUUGACGCCUUGGAGUCGCUUACCUUAUCCUCGUCCACGAGACCUAUUCCAAUCCCCAAACGCUCGGGCCCAAUAUACGAGGAUCUCCCCGUCACACCCCUCACCGGUAGAUUGGACCACAGUUAUUUUGAAGAUUGGGAACGCACCUCUCAACUGGCAAGAUCUCGACAAAACCCUUCGCAAAUUCGGCCAACUCGUGGUCGGUACUCAUCUCGACUCCCCCCAUCCUCAACAACGAUGCGGUCGGACAAUUCACCCUACUAUUCCCCGGUUGCAUCGCCUAUUAUGUCUCCACGACGGUCAAAUUCCCCCCAACCAACCCGCUCCCGGGCGCAGAACUCAACCAAGGUCAAGCAGACUCAAAACUUCCAUCUCGGAAGCCUACCCCGGUUCCAUCCCGCCGUGUAUCAGUCGAGCAGUGCUUCUCAUUCCACCGCCCAACCUUCAUCGCCCCGUCAGCCCCGGCAGCCCACCUAUCGUACUGUAGCCGCGUCACGCGAUAUGAUGUGGCAGUACCGCGAGUUCAUCGAAGGGGCCCACCAAGGUCCCUCGGCGCCCCGUUUGGACCCCCUGGUCAGCCCGGGUCCCGUCACCCCCUGGCGCUAG